ACCAAAUGGCAGACUGCCGUUCGUAGCCCGUAGGACAGUAUACGUAAUAAUAAGUGCAAUUGAAUUCAUGCUUUACCAGUAUAUAUAAUGUUACUUUAAAUUUAUUUUUUGAGCAGUGUUUUCUGUAAAGCGCAUUGCGAAAUCUUCUUGGAACAACUGGCUUUCCGUAUUUUGGUGACGUCAUUAUCGUCCACGGUUUGUAUUGUUUUGGCGGGGUUUGUCCGUUCAGACGUUAAGUUUUGUAAACAUUACCAUUUUCACGGUAAAAUAUGGAGCGUGCAAGGAUGAGUCGAGCAACCAGCGGCAGACCGUCGGACCUGCCUAUGCGCGUACAAGACAGCAACAGGAUGAGCAUGUACACAACGCCUAAGAGUAAACAGCCUUCCUUUGGAAAGCUGAACAUCCCCAAACCGCAAUCAAUGACUUCAGAAAGGCGGACCAGUUUCUUUGGUGCCCGAACUAUAGGAGGAGCCAGCAUGCCUCGCAACAGCACCAUGUCGGGGUUUGGAGGAACCGAGAAGAUCAAAGAUACCAGACCUCUGCAUGAUAAAUCCUUUGUUCAACAAUGUAUUAGACAGCUGCAUGAGUUCUUGACAGAGCAGGGUUACCCGGGCAUUUUGUCAGCCAAGAUCCUCCAGUCUCCCUCUACCAAGGAGUUUGUGAAGGUGUUUGAGUUUGUCUACCGGCAGCUCGACCCAACCUUUGAGAUGCCAAACUCCAAAGUUGAGGAGGAAGUUCCAGCUAUCCUUAAAGCCCUGAGGUAUCCGUUUGUUCUCUCCAAGUCUGCGAUGUAUUCUGUUGGAGCUCCCCACACCUGGCCUCAGGCACUCGGUGCUCUCAUGUGGCUUAUUGACCAAGUCAAGAUCAAUUGGAGUUUGAGUAAACAGGAGCUGCUGUUCAGUGAAUUCUGUGAGGACAGCGAUAAUAUCGAGGAGGGGACAGAGUAUAACAAGCUCCUCCUGGAAUACACUGCUGAGGCCUACUCCAAGUUUAUGCAGGGUGAAGACACAUUUGAUGAUGUGGAUGAAAUAUUCAUCAAUAAACUAAAGAAAAUGUACAACGUGGACGAGGCCCUGCUGGCCUCGAUGGAGGAGAAGUACAGAAUACUCAGUGAUGAGGUGGAACAACUGGAGAGGGAGUGUCAAACGGACCGUCUAAUGACCAAGAGAAUGGACCGGGUGAAGCUGCAGGCAGACCUAAAGAAACUCCAGAGCUACCGCAGCAACCUGGAGUCCUUUCAAGGCAACCUGGAGAACAGAGCUUCAGAACUGAGUUAUGAGCUGGAGGUCACCGGCAGUCAACUGGAGUCCCUAAAACGAGAGCAGAACGAACUGCAGCUCCUCCUGCAGAACCAGAAGUUCACUCCGGCAGAUGUGGAGAGGAUCAACAGAGAGAAGAGAGAACUCCAACAGACCAUCGCCAGUCUCAGCAAGUCUCUGGAAGAUGCCGAGCAGCACAAGUGGAUGGAGGAGAUCGCCCUGUCCAAAGUGAAAGAGAAGGCGGAGUUGAAGGUGGCAGAGUACCAGAAGCUGGCCCGUAAACUGAAGCUGAUACCAGUGUCUGCAGAGAACGCCUGUGGUAAUGAUUUUGAGAUCAGGCCAUUUGAACGUGGAAAUGGCAGCAUGAUUCAACAUAAGACGCAGAUACAGAUGCUCUUGAGGAAGCUGGUCAGUGAUGUGGAGGAAGAGAACGGUCGACUAGCCAACAUGAAACUCAGUCUGGAGGAGUCCUGUGAACAGGUGAAUUCAAAUAUCAUGGACAAGUCCAACGACCUAAAACAGAUGAGAGAGCAGAUCCGCAAGGUGGAUGAACGAUUGGAUUCUGACAUGCAGGAGCUUGCCCAAGAGGAACAGGGCUGGGCAGCAGAGGUGGAGUCGGUGGAAAACCAUCGUACGAUUCUUGAGAAGAAGGUCACCUAUGGUUACGAUGAGGCCGUGCAACAACUGAAGGCAGCGCAGCAGCAAUACAACCUGGUGCUGCAGGAGACCAACGAGGAGAGACGAACAGUUGCCAACAACCUCGCGUCAGUGGUUGAGACCGCCGUUAACCACUUGUCUAUCACAGAGAAAUGCCUGGAGGAUCUGCACGGCAGGGUUGAGCGUUUCUGCACUAAGGCCGUGGAGGAGGAUGAAGCCGCUGUGCAGAAGCUGAGGGAAACUUUGAAGAGCUUCACAUCCAAGGCGAGCGGCCUGUGAAGCGAGUUUUAGUUUGAUUCCAUCUAGGGAAAAAAAGUAACUUUAUCAGUUCUGAAAAGGUUUGGCAAGUGUAUCAUAUGACUUAUAACCUUAGACUAACAAAAAUGUUAAUAUCAGUUAUUUCUGUAUAAAUUAUUCUGUUUUAAUUACAACAGCAAUGUGCAUUAAAGACAAAGUGCUGGCCUCAA